AGAUAUUUCAUCAGAUGGAUAUAUAUAAGUAUGUAAAAUGUUAGGACUAUAGUCAAUAGCAUCGAGAUUUCGUGAACAAUGGGACCCUUGCAGGAGAAAGAAUCAGCGAAUGAUAACUCUUACAUGGACAACGAAACCAUGACUUUGGCACACGAAAAACAGUCUGAACAAUCCACCAUGCCGAAAUCUGUAAAUUCAGAUAAAACUGAAUUACAAAACGGCGUUAUUCUUCAAAUUCCACCAGAAAAAUCAUACCAAGACACUGAAUCAGAAGGAAAGAAUGGUGCUUGUCUUCCGUUGCCAUCGUUUAACACUGAAAUAUCUGGAAGGCAAAAUGAUGGUUUUGUCUCUGAUGAUCAGAAUGGCCGAAAUACCAACAAAUUGCAGGAAAUAAAAGCGCAGCUGGCAAAUCAACUCAAACAUGAACUGUCCUCAGAACAGAACGCAAAUGGUUCUGGGUCAAUCUCUACAACAGGCUCAGAAAAUCAAAGUGCUGCUUCGACUCCAAAAAAGCAGAGAAGCGAGGCUGAAUCAAAAGUAUCGUUUUCGGAAGAAACCAAAGUUUCAAUAUUUAAGCGAAUGGACAGCAUCCCGGUCGAGGAGAGUUUCUGUCAGAGAAUGACAUCACUAAGAUGGCAAGUAGCAUUCAUGUGUUGCCUGAUUGCGUCACUAAGCAUGACAGUUCGACAGGAAAUGAGUAUGGCCAUUGUGUGUAUGAGUGACACAAAGACUGAUCUUAUGACCAAUACAAGUCAGGGAAAUGGCUCUAUCGUCACUUCAUCUACUGAAACAAAUUUACAAUGGGACUUGGAAACACAGGGUCUUGUGCUAUCAUCCUACUACUACACUUUUCCUCUCACGCCCUUGCUGGGAGGCUAUUUGGCAGGGAAAUUCGGCGGAAAGUGGGUGAUCUUCAGUCAAAUUAUGCUCAUGUGUGCAGCCUCGAUUUCAAUUCCAUUCGUUGCCCUCAUCGACCCAGCGCUUGUCAUGAUCGCCCGUGCUGUUGUUGGUUUCACAUCAGGCGGGUUAAUGCCGGCUACCGUUCAGCUUCUAUCGAGAUGGGCUCCACAAUUUGAACGUUCCAGAAUGUUAGCAAUCGUCAACUCAGGCCAAAGCAUUGGUAAUAUUUUAGCCUUCCUCUUGUCCGGUUUUAUAUGUAUGAUACCUUUCCAAGGAGGAUGGCCUUUCAUCUUCUAUAUAUUUACUGCCGUCAACUUCCUUGCCAACCUCUUAUGGGUAGUUGUUGUCUACGAUUCACCGGAAGUACACCCAAAAGCUAGCGCCAGGGAAGUUCUUUAUAUACUACAAGAGCGGCGCAGUAGUACCGCCAAGAUGCCUUCACCACCGUGGAAAAACUUCGUCACUUCCGGUCCAUUCUGGGCUAUACUGGUAGCACAUAUAACACACGUGUACAUAUUCACAGUGAUAGGUACUUUUCUUCCUCUGUACAUGAAAGACGUCCUGAUGUAUGAUCCUACGACGAACGGAGUGCUGUCCUCUUUGCCUUUCAUUGGACGAUUCAUUGGCGCAUUCUCGGUUGGGUUUUUAGCUGACAAAUGUACGGAAAAGAAAUGGUUCUCGACUGGCACGAUGAGAAAAGGCCUACAGUGUAUUGGCAUGCUUGGGUCAGCUCCAUUUCUAAUUGCCCUUAGUUACAUGACGGUAGAGAGAAGGACAUUGGCCGUAGUAUUCCUGAUAUGCUACUGGACAUUGCAGUCUACAACCAAUGCUGCAUUUCGUGUCAAUCAUCUCGACAUAGCACCGACAUAUGCUGGGAUUAUUAAUGGGAUUACAUUGACGUGUGCUUCGUUAGCGGCCCUAGUAGCACCAGUAGUCACCGCUGCCAUUACAACUAACGGAACCCGAGAAGAAUGGCAGAUUGUAUUCUUCAUUUGCGCAGGACUUGGAGUGUUUGGCGCCUUAGUGUUUUGCCUCCUAGGAUCUGGAGAAGAACAGGAGUGGGCAAAGGACCCAAAUCUGGACAUCGAAAACGAUAUACGUCGAAUGUCUAUGGACGUUCAGUCAUUAGCAGAACAACCAAAUGGGGAAACAUCUGGUUUCACAUUGGGUGGUAAACGCAGAAGAUCUUCACAAAAACCGUUAGUCGGCGUGUCAUCAGAUGUCUCAAUAACUGGACAGGAUAUUGAUGAAGAAGAUUUGACCUAUUCUAGUUUGGAAAAAGGACAACUGUCUUUUGAAACCGAGCUAAAAAAUAACGACUUCAUCCAUGCAAAUAACAACAGUUUCUCCAAUCUACGACCAAUAUUGAAUUUCCAUUCUCAUUCCGAAAAAGAUUGCAGGUCGAUAGAUGAUAUAAACGCUAUUGGUAAAUCACCAGUGAAUCCAACGCUCUCCUAUUCCAGCUAUGGUUUUGAAAAUACAAUAAUGGACAUAGACGACGACGCAGAGCAAGAACCAGCUUCCCAACUUAAUAAUAGCAUCGGUAAUACAACAAAGUACAGUGAUGACAUAGAAGAGACGGAGACAUAUACCAGUAGUUUUGAUCGAACCGACAACACGGGUGUUAAGAAUAGAAAUCACAAAAAUCUAGUUAUGGUUAUUAGUAAGAAUGACGCAGUAUCAGAAUGUACACAUCUUUAACGUUACCUGCUAUGAUGCCUGGUAUUUCAUAGUAGUUGUUAUACAUUUCUUGCAGCGCACAAAUGUCUCUUUCAUAAACACCUGUGUCUCAAGCAACAUUUAUAUGACUUCAAAAACAAUGAUUUUCCCAUUUUUGUCUUUUUGUAUAUCCUUGCAGUUGCAUUAAAUUAUCGUCAAUAACCA